AUACUCAACAGUGCUUUAUUUCCGUAGCCUUGACCAGAAACAGCACACGAAAAACCUUCACUUGCUAAUGAUGGUCAAAUUCCAGUGCAUGGUGAUGCUAAUAUUUAUUAUCUUCAAACUGUCACAAUCUACGCCAUUAGGUUAUUAUUGGAACGCUCCAAUUCCGUCAGCAAUAAAUAUUAUUGGGGAACCUAAUGUCGCUCACGGAUGCCCAACUGUCUACCCACAGGAAGCAGGCAUCAGAGACUGCAGUUACUACUGCAAAUACGUGCCUGAAAACAAGACGUGGCUCUACGGAUUUUUCACAGACGGCAUAUACUGCUGGGCGGAUGACUACCAACAAAUUAUUGGAUUGUGUUAUCAAGGACAUUGCCAUCCUUUGGGACAUCCUAACAUAACCCAUCUUACUCCACCGACAGAUGAUACGGUCGGAUAAAGGUGACCUUUCGACGUUAUGGAAUAAAUUUAUCAGUCACAUGGUA